UGGUUUGUGGAAAUGGCGGUGAAUUCGAGCCAAGAGCAAAGCCAAGAUUCCCUGAAUUUUGUUAAAUUACCUGACGAAGGAACCAAAGGUCCUCUUUGUGAAUCACAUUUGGAUAUGUUGAACCUGAAGACUCAAAUUUCAAUGGAUGCCCUAUCAAAUGGUGGAAACCAUGCCAACCUGAAAAAUGAUAGCUUAGAUGCUUAUGGCUCAUAUUGUUUGGCCAUAGAUAUUGACAAAAGAAAGUUUGACGCACCUAAAUCCACUGAGGAAAUGAAUGGGAAUGUUAAGAUGGAUGACUAUGUAUCUAGUAUGUUUCAGAGAGAAAUUUCAUCACUGAUGGGAGGAAAGUUCAUGCAACAGAUGAUGAAUAACAGCUUUGAGUUGCCCAAAUUUGCAUGUAAAGAUAAAUUUUUGACCGAGAAGGUAUAUGAUACACCUAGCAACAGAUUGAGAAAAUACAAGCGCUCUGCAUCUUUCAAUUCAAGAAGAGUUGUUCUCCUUUUCUCAGUCAUGUCGUGCAUGGGGACGAUCGUUCUCAUUUAUCUUACUCUAAGAGUUAGAAUGAGUGGUGAUUGGGCUGCUAAUGUUUAGAAUCUACUUCUCGUCCAUCGUUUGUGAAAUGAGUUCUCUUUCUUGCUUGUAUUUUAUCUUAAUGUUUCAUGAGUAGGAAUCGUUCUUCAUCUGUACAUAAAGAUAGCAGUUAGUAUACAAGUUGGUUUCUAAUUUAAGUUUCUUUUUUUUUUUACUUUUUCUAAUUUAAUUUAAGCUGAUCAAGUGAAUUAUUCUA